GCUGUCAUGGCGGCGAGGAGUAGCUUCAGUGGGCACAGGGGCAUUCGCGCGAGCCGUGGCGGGGCGAGCUGUGGCAGUAGCAACCUCACCACCGCCGGCAGCGUCAGCCGCGGUGUCCAUAGCGCUAGCAGCGGAGGUUUUUGCAAAGGUUGAGCGCAGGGGUCGGGCGGGCCAGGAAGCCAUGGAGUUCUGUGCAGCCGCGGACUCCCGGGGAGCAGACUAGGGAAACUUGGAGGCUGCGACCAGGUGCACUGACCUCUCUCUCCUCCCUCUCCUCGCCGUCGCCGCCGGGCCUCCCCUCCCUCCUUGCCACAACACACACCUCCCCUCCUCUCGCCGUCGAACCUCAGGUGCCUGAGUGCUCCACUCCUCCCCCUGGGCCGAGCGUUGAGAGUAAUCACCGCCCCCUUCCCCCGCCUUUUCCUGCCCUGGAUCUCCGCCGCCGCCUCCGUCUCGCGGCUCCCUGGCCGGGGGUGAGGACGAGUCCGGAGUAUCUGGGGUUUGGCGUUGUUGUCAGCCUCGGGGAGAGAGAUUGGACAAAUAUUCUCCAAGAGGAGGAGGGCGACGCCAAGGACUUUCCCCAUCAACUGCUUUUGGGGUUUCUCCGCAACUUGGAAGAGUGACCCUUUUCCUGUUGUGUUGCGUGUGUGUGCUUAUUCCUAGUGCAGCAAUUGCUGUCCCAUAGUGACUCCGAGUUGUCCUUUCUCAUGAACUAGCUAGCAAUGGCUAGUGAAGACAAUAAUGUCCCUUCCCCGCCACCAACAGGUGAUGACGGGGGAGGUGGAGGGAAAGAAGAAACCUCUGCAGAAGAGGGUGCAUUGUCCCUGAAACCAGGGCUCCCCAUCAGGGGCAUCAGAAUGAAAUUUGCCGUGUUAACGGGGUUGGUUGAAGUUGGAGAAGUAUCCAAUAGGGAUAUUGUAGAAACUGUCUUUAACCUGCUGGUAGGAGGGCAGUUUGAUUUGGAAAUGAAUUUCAUUAUCCAAGAAGGUGAGAGUAUCAUCUGCAUGGUGGACCUACUAGAAAAAUGUGACAUUACUUGCCAAGCAGAAGUCUGGAGCAUGUUUACAGCGAUUCUGAAGAAAAGCAUACGAAAUCUUCAAGUCUGCACUGAAGUAGGCCUUGUUGAGAAAGUGCUCGGGAAAAUUGAAAAAGUCGACAAUAUGAUAGCAGAUCUUUUAGUUGACAUGUUGGGAGUGCUGGCUAGCUAUAAUUUGACCGUUCGAGAACUAAAGCUAUUCUUCAGUAAACUUCAAGGAAAUAAAGGACAAUGGCCUCCACAUGCUGGGAAGUUGCUGUCUGUGUUAAAGCAUAUGCCUCAGAAGUAUGGUCCUGAUGCCUUUUUCAACUUCCCAGGAAAGAGUGCUGCAGCCAUUGCAUUACCUCCUAUAGCCAAAUGGCCAUACCAGAAUGGUUUUACAUUUCAUACCUGGCUAAGAAUGGAUCCUGUAAAUAACAUCAAUGUGGAUAAGGAUAAACCAUAUUUAUAUUGUUUCAGAACGAGCAAAGGUCUUGGUUAUUCUGCUCACUUUGUUGGGGGCUGUUUGAUUAUAACAUCAAUAAAGUCAAAAGGAAAAGGCUUUCAACACUGUGUGAAAUUUGAUUUUAAGCCGCAAAAGUGGUAUAUGGUAACUAUAGUGCACAUUUAUAACCGAUGGAAGAACAGUGAGCUUCGUUGUUACGUGAAUGGUGAGCUAGCUUCCUAUGGAGAGAUAACAUGGUUUGUCAACACCAGUGAUACCUUUGACAAAUGUUUCCUGGGCUCAUCAGAAACAGCGGAUGCUAAUAGGGUAUUCUGUGGUCAGAUGACUGCAGUUUACCUUUUUAGUGAAGCUCUUAAUGCCGCUCAGAUUUUUGCUAUUUAUCAGUUGGGCCUGGGAUAUAAGGGUACAUUUAAAUUCAAAGCAGAGAGUGAUCUGUUUCUUGCUGAGCAUCAUAAACUUUUAUUGUAUGAUGGCAAACUCUCUAGUGCCAUUGCAUUCACCUACAAUCCACGUGCUACAGAUGCCCAGCUCUGCCUUGAAUCAUCCCCUAAGGACAAUCCUUCAAUUUUUGUCCAUUCACCGCAUGCACUUAUGCUCCAGGAUGUGAAAGCUGUUUUAACACAUUCCAUUCAAAGUGCUAUGCAUUCAAUUGGAGGAGUACAAGUGCUGUUUCCACUUUUUGCACAGUUGGAUUAUAGGCAAUAUUUAUCUGAUGAGGUUGACUUGACUAUAUGUUCAACUUUGCUGGCUUUUAUCAUGGAGUUGUUGAAGAACUCAAUUGCUAUGCAGGAGCAGAUGCUUGCCUGCAAAGGCUUCUUGGUAAUAGGAUACAGUCUUGAAAAGUCUUCCAAAUCCCAUGUCAGCAGAGCAGUACUUGAACUUUGUCUUGCAUUUUCAAAAUAUCUGAGUAAUCUGCAGAAUGGGAUGCCCCUACUCAAACAGUUGUGUGAUCACAUUCUUCUUAACCCAGCUAUAUGGAUUCAUACCCCAGCUAAGGUUCAGUUGACACUCUAUACUUACCUAUCCACGGAAUUCAUUGGUACAGUCAACAUAUAUAAUGCCAUUCGGAGAGUUGGAACAGUGCUUCUCAUCAUGCAUACACUGAAGUAUUACUACUGGGCAGUGAAUCCUCAGGAUCGAAGUGGUAUCACCCCUAAAGGAUUAGAUGGACCACGACCUAAUCAAAAAGAAAUACUUUCUCUACGAGCAUUUUUGUUGAUGUUCAUUAAGCAGUUAGUGAUGAAGGAUUCUGGAGUAAAGGAAGAUGAACUGCAGGCCAUUCUUAAUUACCUACUCACUAUGCAUGAGGAUGACAAUCUAAUGGAUGUCCUACAACUGCUUGUUGCAUUAAUGUCAGAACAUCCUAACUCUAUGAUUCCUGCUUUUGACCAAAGGAAUGGAUUACGUGUAAUCUAUAAACUUAUGGCAUCGACAAGUGAAGGAAUCAGAGUACAAGCUCUCAAGGCAAUGGGCUAUUUUUUAAAACACCUGGCCCCAAAAAGAAAAGCUGAAGUCAUGCUUGGACAUGGAUUAUUUUCAUUGCUAGCAGAAAGACUCAUGCUUCAGACAAAUUUAAUCACAAUGACCACAUAUAAUGUUUUGUUUGAGAUUCUUAUAGAGCAUAUUUGUACUCAAGUGAUACACAAACAGCAUCCGGAUCCUGAUUCUUCAGUAAAGAUACAAAAUCCUCAGAUACUAAAAGUAAUUGCAACCCUACUUCGAAAUUCUCCCCAUUGCCCAGAGAGCAUGGAAGUUCGCAGAACCUUUCUUUCUGACAUGAUUAAACUUUUUAAUAACAGUAGAGAAAACAGAAGGAGCUUGCUACAGUGUUCUGUAUGGCAAGAAUGGAUGCUUUCUCUUUGCUAUUUCAAUCCUAAGAAUUCUGAUGAGCAAAAGAUAACAGAAAUGGUAUAUGCCAUAUUCAGAAUCCUACUUUACCAUGCAGUCAAAUAUGAAUGGGGUGGCUGGCGUGUGUGGGUAGACACCUUAUCAAUCACACAUUCAAAGGUCACUUUUGAAAUACACAAAGAAAAUCUUGCCAAUAUGUUCAGAGAACACCAGGGAAAAGUUGAUGAAGAAAUAGGGCAAUGUUCAAAUCCAGUUGAAGCAGUCUCUGCCAUUAGCCAGGAUGUUAAUGUUUCAGUAACAUCCCAGCAAUCAGAUAUGAAGGCUUGUCCUGUGUCUCCUCAUAGCACCAGAAAUAGUGAUGAAAAGUCAACUGUUGAGAAGACAAUUUCAAUAGACUCUGCUUCCAAUGUUGAACUGCAAACUCCUAACCCAUCUAAUGAAGAAAGGAAAACUGGUCAAGAAAGUCAGGAGUUACUAGAUGAAGUCCCUUUAGAAGAAACAUUGAUAAAUGAAACAAUUAAUACAGGUGAUUUAGAAGUAUCCUCUGAUAUGAUAGAAGGUGAGACUGUUUUCUCUAGUUCUUUUAAAACGAGUGUCACAGGUAUAAUGACUGUUAGUGAAGUAACUGCUUCUAUAAGUUCUCCUUCAGAAGAGGAUGCAUCAGAGGUGCCAGAGUUAUUGGAUAAGUCUAUGGUAGAGGAAGAUGAUGAUGAUUAUGUAGAACUGAAGGUAGAAAGUGGUUCUACUGAGGAAGCCAGUCUACCCACAGAGCUCCGAGAAGAUAGUUUGUCUCCAGUUGCAUCUGAAGCCAGUGGAAGACUGGACAUGCUUAGUAAUGACAACAAAUUAAUCUUUCAAGAGCAAGAAGCUGUAAGUAAGAAGCAAACUGACAGUGAAACUCAAGAUUCCAAGGAUUCUGGAAUCUUGACUAUGACAGCAUCAGGGUCUUCGGCUACCUCACCAGAUACUACUGUUUCCCAGACACCUGCACAGUCAGACAUUGGUGAGAUGCUAGAGGAAGGGAAGAAAGCAGUUAACUUGGUGAGAGAAACCAAAUUAAUUGGUGAAUCUCCCAUCUUUGAGUCUCCUACUGCUUCUGAGCAGAGGAUUGCUAAAUUGGAUGUUUCCAGUGUUGCUACAGAUACUGAGAGAUUGGAAUUGAAGGCCAAUACAAACAUGGAGGCAUCUCAACCCCAUCAACCUGUGCCUGAGAUGUCAAGGCGGCAGGAGGAACCAGGUCAAGGAAUAGCACCAGAUGGAGUUACUGGACAAAGGAGGGAUUCCAGAUCCACUAUGUUUCGUAUUCCUGAGUUCAAAUGGUCUCAAAUGCAUCAGCGUUUGCUCACUGAUCUGUUAUUUUCAAUAGAAACAGAUAUACAGAUGUGGAGAAGCCAUUCAACAAAGACAGUUAUGGACUUCGUGAAUAGCAGUGAUAAUGUCAUCUUUGUACACAACACAAUUCAUCUCAUCUCUCAAGUGAUGGACAAUAUGGUCAUGGCUUGUGGGGGUAUACUGCCAUUGCUUUCAGCGGCUACAUCAGCUACACAUGAGCUGGAGAAUAUUGAACCUACUCAAGGCCUUUCAAUAGAAGCCUCUGUGACAUUUUUGCAGAGGCUAAUCAGCCUUGUGGAUGUGCUUAUAUUUGCAAGUUCUCUUGGCUUUACUGAAAUUGAAGCUGAAAAAAGUAUGUCUUCUGGUGGAAUUUUGCGACAGUGUCUCCGACUAGUGUGUGCAGUGGCAGUAAGGAAUUGUUUAGAGUGUCAACAGCAUUCACAACUGAAAGCUAGAGGAGAUGCAGCCAAAGGCCAGAAAACAAUGCACAGCCUGAUUCCCAUGGGGAAAUCUGCAGCAAAGAGUCCAGUGGACAUUGUAACUGGUGGUAUAUCUCCAGUAAGAGAUUUUGACAAGCUCCUACAAGACAUGGAUAUUAAUCGGCUUAGGGCAGUUGUCUUCAGAGACAUAGAGGAUAGCAAACAAGCUCAGUUUUUAGCCUUGGCAGUUGUGUACUUUAUCUCUGUUCUUAUGGUCUCAAAGUACAGAGACAUUUUGGAACCCCAAAAUGAAAGGCGUAACCAGUCAUUUAAGGAAACUGGUAGUGAACGUGGAAAUUUAUCACUUCCUGAUGUAGAAAAUACACCAUCAGCAUUUAGUCCGUUAACACCAGCGUCAGUGGAAGAACCUGAAAGCACAUCAUCUACUCGAAGGAGGGACUCAGGCAUUGGGGAAGAAACAGCUGCUGGCUUAGGAAACAGUGUGGAUGUAGCUCCUCCUAUUGUACCUUCAAGUGUCAGUGCAGGCCCAGAUGCAAUCAGUGAGGCACUGUGCACUCUUUCUUUAGAAGUCAAUAAAUCUCAGGAAACCAAAAAUGUUGGAGGAAAUGAGUUGGAUAACAAGGCUGCACCAUCAGUUCCAGUUUCAAAAAAUGUCAAUGUAAAGGACAUUCUUCGAAGCUUGGUUAAUAUACCAGCAGAUGGAGUCACAGUGGAUCCUACCCUUCUGCCACCAGCCUGCCUUGGAGCUCUCAGUGAUCUAUCUGUUGAACAACCUGUGCAGUUCAGAUCUUUUGAUAGAAGUGUCAUCAUUGCAACAAAAAAAUCAGCAGUCUUACCUUCCACACUUAGUACAAGUUUACCUACCAGUGCUGUCAGUGCGGUUUCUUCAGUAGAUUCAAGCCAAGCCUCAGAUGUAGGAGGAGAAUCACCUGGUGGUAGAUCAUCUAAUGCAAAAUUGCCCUCGGUGCCAACAGUUGGCUCAGUUCCACAAGACCAAGUUUCAAAUAUGAGUAUUACAGAGAAGCUUGAACAUGCUUUGGAAAAGGCAGCUCCUCUUCUGCGAGAGAUUUUUGUGGAUUUUGCACCUUUUCUUUCUCGGACACUUCUGGGUAGUCAUGGACAAGAACUGCUUAUAGAAGGAACAAGUCUGGUUUGCAUGAAGUCUAGUAGUUCGGUUGUGGAAUUGGUUAUGCUACUGUGUUCUCAGGUGAGUAACAGGAAUAAAUGUUGGAUUAAAA